AUGGAUAUUGCCACAACAAAUCAACCUCCUUCAAUUUCUACCACUGGACCACAAGCCUCUUCAGUAGACCCUCGGUUGGGUCGUGCUACUCAGAGGCCGUCCGUCGUCACGCCACGCCCUCCUGUCCCUUCGCAGACGCCGACCCCGGCGGAUAUCCCAAGCGCGUCGCGUAUCUUCGAGCCUAUCGAACAACCGGUGGAUCGAACACAGAACACAGAUGUCUCAGAUCGGCGCGGUGAAUUCGGGCGACCCCUCGACCAGUAUGGUCCCACCGUCGAUUAUAAUCAUAUGGUGCCAAUCCUCUUGCGAUUUACGGAGCUUGCCGCCAUCAAAGGACUCAAGGAGGAGGAGAAGGCGGUCUUACAGGAUGAAAGUGCUUCCAUCAGACGACGCCUAGAUAAGGCCAAAGCAAAAGACAUGUUCCCUGCUUUCAUCGAAAACAUACAGGCCGAAGAAGCAGCCUCUCGAUGCAAAAUAGGGAAGCUUCAACAAGAAAUCGAAGAGAAUGAAAAGACGCGGCAAACUAUGGCCGAGUCUCUUCGUGGAUUUCUGUGUCGAACACCGCUACCUAUAUCUGCUACGAGUUCUACACCGGCCUCAGCGCCCAUUGGCGCCCCAGACAACGAGAAGAUUGCGAAACUGGAAGCUGAGAAUAAGGAGAUCAAGGCUGAACUGCGGGAGCUCAAAGAAUUGAUCCUGCAAAGAAACUCUCAAACUCCUACCGGGAUGGAGGUUCAACUGUUGAAACUCGAGAACUCCGUUAACAGCCAGUCCAUGAGUAAUCAUGGCACAAGCAAGAGACUUCGAAAACUCGAGGAAUGGAAAGAGGGAGUGGAAACCGGAGAUAUCAAACCAUAUACACUUGCCCUCGAGGGGGGCUCGUCUCAGGCUCCAGAUCUGGAACCAUUACGGCGAGACGUGAAGGAGGCUUAUGGGAAAGCUGCUGAAGCGCGGGCAAGAGCUCAAGCGUUGGGUGACAGCGUUUUGAUUCUCCAACGGGAUUUCAAGUUGCUUAAAAACACCCUUGAUGGAACCAUACUUUCUCAGCGAGAACUUGAGAAUACGCUGAAAUCCAUGGGACCUUCUAUCGAGCAAGCGUCAGAUGUUACGCACAGGCUGGAGACUAUUGAAAGGGAGCGCCUUGAGCUCAAGGGUGCAAUCGCCACUGCCAGCGAGGCCAAGGCCAAAAUUCAAGACCUGGACACGCGAUAUACGGCAUUGACCGACAGGUACAACGGCAAGAUAGCCCAUCUGGAGUCUGAAGUUCGACAGUUGGGAGCAAGUGACAAAGCGACCACGACCAACGAACCUUCUCAACAUGCAGGGGCCCUUUGGAGUGUCAAGGACAGCAUCGAGAAGGUGGAAAGCGGUCAACGUUCACUGUGGAACAAUGUCAACAAACUGAUCCUUGACAUACCUCAGUUCCAUGAAUCUUCUAAGGAAGUACAGAAGUGCCUCUCUAAGACCGACUCGCUGGUGACUGCCGUUCGAUCUUUGGAACUCCGAUAUUCCAACAUCAACUCUGAACGUCUGGUGAAAAACAUGGCCGCCGCAAUGAUGGAGAUGUAUCCCUCUGUGCCACAAAUUCAAGAGCAAGUUAAUCAGCUCCGGGCCUAUUGUAACAAGGAGCUCGCUGCGCUCAAGGAAUCUACCCAGAAUUUCGACCUCGUAUCCUUGGAUUUCAAGAUGAAUCAGCUCCGCGAAGAAGUUAUCAAGAAGCUAUCUCAUGUUCAGACCAACCUUUCGGCUCAAGGCAAAGCUCUCAGCGAGCAACUUGAAGAGACCUGGGACUUGAAAAACAAAUUUCAGACGCAAUCUGACGCUUUCUCAGAACUCGGUGAAUCUAUUCCACAGGCCCUUCAACAAGUAGAGAGCGUGACUGAGCUUUCAACGAAGCUGCAAGCAUUGUCUGAAGACCUUACAACCCUGAGAGAUACUCUGGGGGGUCUGAGCGUCUCAGAGACGAUGACUGGACUCUCAAAGCAGCUUGAAACGUUAUCUGAUAGUGUUGAUUCCCUCCGUUCAAGGCAAAGUGCUCAAGCGGAGGUGGAGAAAAACUCUGAUAUCACGGAAAAGCUCACUGGCUUGGCUGCGAACUACCAACUUCUUGAAACCAGGCUGAAGACGCAGGAGGAAACCGACUGGCAGGGGGUGGAUGAACUCAAGUCUGGCCAUCAAAGUCUCCUGGAAGAGCUCAAAGCUGUGAAAAUGAGAUUGGAAAGUCAAACUGGGAAAGAGAAGAUGAACGAGCUCUCUGGGCGACUCAAAACUCUUUCUGGCGACUUGCAAUCUUUACAAACCAAGUUCGACAAGGAGUUAGCGUCACUGAAAGUCCGCGUGGAUAGCUUCGGGCACGGCGAGGAAUUGAGCCGUCUCAAGAGUGAGUUGCUUGGCCGGAUUGAGAAAUUCCAGGCGGCAGUUCAGUCUGGUUUGAACCGCAAUCCUGCGACUGGAGACGACGCGACCAACGGUAUCUCCGGCUCCGUUGGCGAUCAUUAUCGAAUCCUUGGCAGUGCAGCUCAAAAUCAGACCGAACGUGGGCAUAUUCAAAAUAGGUUCUCCAUCUCACGUCCCGCGGGCGAUGGACCAACCACGACAGCUGAAUCGUCAGGGCCCUUCUUUGACGCUGUCUCAGAGCGAGUCAAUGAUAGUUGGGGGGAUCAAUCGAGCUAUCUGGGUGCCAGUCCACCGUCUUACUCAGAAGACAACCCGGAAACAUCUGCGGCCGGAACAGGAGAUAGACCAAUGGAGUUACGGAUCUCGGAGCACGACAAUGGUCAUCUCGAAAGCCGAUCGGGGAACAAUCGCGCUCAUCAAGGAAGUCCCUCGGAUGUUUUGUCUUCUUCAAAUGAUUCGGUUGAUCAGCUCUCUCCCAAACGCGCGACGACUGAGGUCCCCAUGGCCCGUCGGAUCGCCGAGAACGAGAACGGGCAGUCCGAGAACGGGCCUCCUAGGAAACGGCCCCGUCAAGGAACAUUCUCGGAUGAUGGGCGUCGCCCGCGGCCCGCAGGUCCUGGUCGCUUCACCAACGGCACUGGGUCCUCGGCUUCCUCCGACAUGGCAAUAUCAAAGAAGGCAAGAAAAAAACAAGAGAAAAGGGAGAGGAAGGAGCAGAGGAAAAGACAGAACCUCCCCCACUGA